CUUCAGUGCUUAGAGUGUGAGAAAAAUGGCAAAUAUGAAUAGUGAUUCUAGGCAUCUUGGCACCGCUAAGGUAGAUCAUGAAAGAGAUCCUGGACCUAUGAAUAUCCAGUUUGAGCCAUCAGAUCUAAGAUCCAAAAGGACUGGAUAAAUAAGUUGUGGCACAUUUAUACAAUGGAAUAUUUUUUCCUCUAUUAAAAAGGAGGUGGCUUUAUUACAUAUCAAAAUGGAACAAGUCUUCAACUUAUUUUGUUAAGUGAAAAAUUGAAGUACAGAGCAGUAUGUAUAGUACACCACCAUUUGGGUAAAAAUAAAUAAAUAUAAUAUAAUAUGUAUAAAUGAAGUUUUGGGUAGUAAAUAGGAAACUGUAAGAUGGUUGCCCCCUCAGAGGGAAACUGAGUGCUUUAGGCAGGAUGGUGUGGCAGAUACUGUUAGGUAGACACCCAACAAUUAAUCAGCAACCUUACCUAUUCCUUAAUGUCAACAGAAUCCUUAUUUUUUUGAGUCACAAUGGGUCUUCAUCCAAGAGAUCAAAGAUGGUUGGUUUAAGCUAAUCUUGAUAAUCCUAUUUUCAUUGGCACAUACUUAAGUUUUUAGUUUUUCUUACAACUAGAGGUGGAAAUGUGAAAUUUAUCACAUGAGAAAUUUAUCAUUGUCAUUUAUAGUGGCCAUCAGAAAAGAUAAUGAAAUAAGACUUUCGAUUCUUACUUAUAUAUUCCAGUGUCAGUAAAUAUAAGCACUAAUGAAUGCUGACUUGAAUGCUCAGGGUUUUCUUGAAACUUCUAAAUUCUAUGAUAAAUAAUUGACCACUGUGACAGCAGAACAUAAGUCAUUAAAGUACAUUCCAUUACAGUAAGUUGGCAGGAGUUCAAACAGUUCUCUGUAAAUUUGUUUAACUGGGUGGAUUAAAUGGGAAUAUAUUUUCUAUAAUGAAACUUGUUGAAAUGAGAGGGAAUCAGCUAUUUACAAUCAUGGCAUAACUACCUAGUGAGAAGUCAAUGCCUCGCCUUUGUGCAUCCCAUUACUAAUGGAGGACAAGAAGUUAUUUUCUUCAAAGGCUGACUUCCAGAAUUUUUGGCUGAACGCUGUUUGUCAAGUGUAUAUUCCCUUCCGUAGGCCUUUCUAUAUAGAGCCCACAAACAUCGUGAAUGUGAAUCAUGUCAUUCAGAGGGUUAGUGACCAUGCCUCCGCCAUGAACAAGAGAAUUCAUUACUACAGCCGGCUCACCACUCCUGCAGACAAGGCACUGAUUGCCCCAGACCAUGUAGUUCCAGCUCCAGAAGAGUGCUAUGUAUAUAGUCCAUUGGGCUCUGCUUAUAAACUUCAAAGUUACACGGAAGGAUACGGUAAAAACACCAGUUUAGUAACCAUUUUUAUGAUUUGGAAUACCAUGAUGGGAACAUCUAUACUAAGCAUUCCUUGGGGCAUAAAACAGGCUGGAUUUACUACUGGAAUGUGUGUCAUCAUAUUGAUGGGCCUUUUAACACUUUAUUGCUGCUACAGAGUAGUGAAAUCACGGACUAUGAUGUCUUCGUUGGAUACCACUACCUGGGAAUAUCCAGAUGUCUGCAGACAUUAUUUCGGCUCCUUUGGGCAGUGGUCAAGUCUCCUUUUCUCCUUGGUGUCUCUCAUUGGAGCAAUGAUAGUUUAUUGGGUGCUUAUGUCAAAUUUUCUUUUUAAUACCGGAAAGUUUAUUUUCAAUUUUAUUCAUCACAUUAAUGACACAGACACUAUACUGAGUACCAAUAAUAGCAACCCUGUGAUUUGUCCAAGUGCCGGGAGCGGAGGCCAUCCUGACAACAGCUCUAUGAUUUUCUAUGCCAAUGACACAGGAGCCCAGCAGUUUGAAAAGUGGUGGGAUAAGUCCAGGACAGUGCCCUUUUAUCUUGUAGCGCUCCUCCUUCCACUGCUCAAUUUCAAGUCUCCUUCUUUUUUUUCAAAAUUUAAUAUCCUAGGCACAGUAUCUGUCCUUUAUUUGAUUUUCCUUGUCACCUUUAAGGCUGUUCGCUUGGGAUUUCAUUUGGAAUUUCAUUGGUUUAUACCAACAGAAUUUUUUGUACCAGAGAUAAGAUUUCAGUUUCCACAGCUGACUGGAGUGCUUACCCUUGCUUUUUUUAUUCAUAAUUGUAUCAUCACACUCUUGAAGAACAACAAGAAACAAGAAAACAAUGUGAGGGACUUGUGCAUUGCUUAUAUGCUGGUGACAUUAACUUAUCUCUAUAUUGGAGUCCUGGUUUUUGCUUCAUUUCCUUCACCACCAUUAUCCAAAGAUUGUAUUGAGCAGAAUUUUUUAGACAACUUCCCUAGCAGUGACACCCUGUCCUUCAUUGCAAGGAUAUUCCUGCUGUUCCAGAUGAUGACUGUAUACCCACUCUUAGGCUACCUGGCUCGUGUCCAGCUUUUGGGCCAUAUCUUCGGUGACAUUUAUCCUAGCAUUUUCCACGUGCUGAUUCUGAAUCUAAUUAUUGUGGGAGCUGGAGUGAUCAUGGCCUGUUUCUACCCAAACAUAGGAGGGAUCAUAAGAUAUUCAGGAGCAGCAUGUGGCCUGGCCUUUGUAUUCAUAUACCCAUCUCUCAUCUAUAUAAUUUCCCUCCACCAAGAAGAGCGUCUGACAUGGCCUAAAUUAAUCUUCCACGUUUUCAUCAUCAUUUUGGGCGUGGCUAACCUGAUUGUUCAGUUUUUUAUGUGAAAUACCUCAACUGUUUUUUUCAAGAGCUCAUGAUAUUUUGAGCCUUGACAACAGUUCUAUAUAAAUUCACUUGUAAAUGCUGCUGUUGCGUAAUUCUAAAUAUUUUCUAAGAUAAUUUGAAAGCAAGGGAAAUAGUGGCCCCUUAAUAAGUAUUUUUUUAUUGGGGUGGGGAAAGGGGCAGAAAGAAUGAUCUUAGUGUCUUUACCUUUCUCAUAUUAACUCUCCUCUUUAUUCUGUGGUCUUUUCUGAAUAGAAAUGUAUGCCCUAGGAAGAAAUCAUGCUGGGUUUUGCUUUUAGAGAUAAAUGGUGGUGGAUUUAUUUUGCCUGCAGUAAAGAUUCUCAGGGUGUCAGAGCAGCAUAUUGCCAAAUCCUGCUUCUGUUUUUUGUUUCAGUGUAUUCACUUUCAUUUUCUUACUCACUAGACCAUUUCUGCAGUUUGCCCAAACCUAUACUGUUUGGGACAGUAAGCCAAAUACCUCAUUUUUAAAAAGAAGUUUUCAUGGCAUCAGUGUUAAUAAAGUACAUUUUUAACUGAGUCUUAAUCUCUAUUUGAAGAAAAAGUAGAGACAAAAGUAAUGUCAAUGUAAUCCCCAGGAUCAUGAAAUGUAUACAAAAUAAAUAAUGUAGGAGAGUU